AGGCGUCAGCCGUUCUGGCUCGGCUUCACGUUUUACGCUUUUGCUUGUAGCCGCCCCCCCCACUGCCUGGGGCCGCGCGGGUUCCACGCUACCGCUCUCGCACGCUCGCUCGAUCCCGCGGUGGCGCGCUCGCACGAUCCCGCGGUGCGACGGGUGGUUCCGGGUGGUUCGCAGCCAUGGCGGUGAGAAGAUGCGGCCAUAUGGUCACGCGGCUCCAAGCCGUUUCGGGGGGCGAUGAGAGCCCAACUGGGCGGUAGUGUGUGGGCAGGUGGGCUUGCCAUGUUUUGACCAUGGCCUUCGCGUACCUCCAUGUGUUCGCUGAGCCCAUCGUGGAGCUUUGCGAAACCAACCUGCUGCAGAGGGAUCUGGUGCUGCGCACCGACGCCGAAUCCGCCCUGCGGAGUGGCGCCAACAACAGCGCCUUCUUCGUGUGGCACACGGAUGCUCAUGUGGAUCCCUUCUAUUUGACGGACCUCAGGGAGUGUCAGAAGAGGAACCUCACUCUUCUGGAAGCCCAUCCUUUCGGCAUCAUGUCCUGCGACCCUCCGGAGCGGCUGCUCCGCUCUGCCUUCGCAGCCUCUGCGCGUAUAGGCGCGCCGAAUGCGAGCUUUGUGCUGUACACCGGAGAUUUCGUGAGACAUGCCAUUCGACAGAUGCCAGACCCUUACGAGAAUGCCUCCCAGAUCGUCGCAAACGUCUCGCGCGCGGCAAAAGAGGCCUUUGAAGAUUUACCUGUGCUCUUUGGGACGCUGGGGAACUCGGAUUCCCGCGAGGACUACUACCAGGAGCUCACGGACAACGAAUCCUCCAACCCCUGGUUUGAGAAGCUGGGCUCGGCCAUUCACAGCCAGGGCGGGAUGAAGCCAGAAGUGCUCGAGCAGUUCACCUACGGGAGCUACUAUGAGACUCGGGAAGGCCAGCUGACGAUCCUCAGCCUGGCGACGGUGAUCUACUCCGUCGAUCAUUUGCCCUACGGCCCGCUAGAGAAGGACCCCUUUGGACAGUUCCGCUGGCUCCGGCAGCGCUUGCAGCUGGCCGCCGCGGAUGGGCGACAUGUCUGGAUUGUGGGCCACAUCUCACCUGGCAUCGAAACCUUCGCGUACACCGAGCUUUGGUAUCCACAAUACGUGGAGGCCUACUUAGAGAUCGUCCAGGACCCUGUGCUUGGCCCUUGGAUUGCCGCGCAGCUGUUUGGCCAUGUGCACAAGGAUGAGCUGCGGCUCUUGCCCGAGCCUCCGGCCAGCGCUGGGCCCAUUUUCCUCUCCUCAUCCUUAAGCCCUGUCUACUACAAUAACCCUUCCUUCAAGCUGGUGGAAUAUGACCCCAUUAGCGGCCGCUUGCUGAAUCUCCAGACCUUCAUCUCCGAUCGCUUCGAGGCUCCGGAGGCGGACUGGAUCUUCGGCUAUGACCACUUGAAGCAAUACGGCCUUGCUGGGCUAAGCAUGGCGGAACUGCAGAACUUCACCGAACGCUUGUUGGAAGGAGGGGAGAGCUAUGAGAGGUAUGCGUCAUGGUAUGCUUCCGGCUAUCCCAAUGAGUUAGAGCAUUACAGCUUGAAGGCAGCGAAUUGGAACGCCACCUGGAAAUGGCAACGCCGGCGGCAGUACGUGUGUGCUUUGGUGAUCCGUACCGCGGAGGAUUUUGAAAACUGUUCCGGGACCCAGGUGCUGCGCUCCUGGCAGCUGCCUUUCAUGGAGCGCUUCGACCGCUUAAUCUUGGGACGGCUUUGGUCCUGGGCACAGGGCUCAUCGCUGCCGCUAGCGCAACAGAUCAAGCACUUAGCUGCGGCCAACCAGUGGGAGGAGCUGCUUCGGCUCUUCAAGGGCUUAGUCGAGUGGAGCUUGCAAAGUGGCACGCCUUUGGAGUCUGCCCUCUUGACCGCCUAAGACGAGGAUUCGAGCGCAGCAUCAGCGCAUUUGUUGUUCUCGCGAAGAUCGAGCGGGACGAAUCCGUUGAAAAAGCGCUGUAAAGAGUGAUUCGUCGUCUGCGCCGAGCCUCUGAAUAAAAAGAAGCGGGCGCACCAACGGACGUCUCAACGGCCUGCAGUCCAGUUGGCGCAGGUUGAAGGGGUUACGGGCUGGGUGUGGGUUUUAAGACGGAGACACCCAAAUACUAUAGCCUAUAGCCCCUUCGUAGGCUGGUGAUUUUUCCCAACCGACCUUGGCAGGGGGUCGUUGUGGGCUCCGUGGGGGGCUCGGUCUCCCGAUGGUGAAAGACAUCCGGUCCGUGUGAUUCGGAUAGGCAUGAUUUCAUCCUUGGAGUGGUGCC